GAAAUGGCGCAGCACACAGUUAAACUGGACCAGGAAAAAAUCUCCUGUUCAAUCUGUCUGGAUCUACUGAAGGAUCCAGUGACUAUUCACUGUGGACACAGCUACUGUAUGAACUGUAUUAAAAGCCACUGGGAUGAAGAGGAUCUGAGACAAAUCUACAGCUGUCCUCAGUGCAGACAGACCUUCACACCAAGACCUGUCCUGAUGAAAAACACCAUGUUAGCAGAUUUAGUGGAGGACCUGAAGAAGACUGGACUCCAAGCUGCUCCAGCUGAUCACUGCUAUGCUGGACCUGAAGAUGUGGCCUGUGAUUUCUGUACUGGGAGAAAACUGAAAGCUGUCAAGUCCUGUCUGCAGUGUCUGGUCUCUUACUGUGAGCAACACCUCCAGCCUCACUAUGAAUCUCCUGCCUUUGAAAAACACAAGCUGGUCAACCCCUCCAAGAAGCUUCAGGAGAACAUCUGCUCUCAUCAUGAUGAGGUGAUGAAGAUGUUUUGUCGCACUGAUAAAACAUGUAUCUGUUAUCUGUGCUCUGUGGAUGAACAUAAAGGACAUGAUACAGUCUCAGCUGCAGCAGAAAGGAAUGAGAAGCAGAGAGAGCUAAAGGCUAGUCAGCAAAAGGUCCAGCAGAGAAUCCAGGACAGAGAGAAAGAUGUGAAGAUGCUUCAGCAGGAGAUGGAGAAUAUUAAUAACUCUGCUGAUAAAGCAGUGAGGGACAGCGAGAAGAUCUUCAAUGAGCUGAUCCAUCUCAUUGAGAAAAGAAGCUCUGAUGUGAAGCAGCAGAUCAGAUCCAGGCACAAAACUGAAGUGAGUCGAGUCAAAGAGCUUCAGGAGAAGCUCCAGCAGGAGAUCACUGAUCUGAAGAGGAAAGAUACUGAACUGAAACAGCUCUCAGACACAAAGGAUCACAUCCAUUUUUUACACUCCUACCCCUCACUGUCACAACUCAGUGAAUCUACAGACUCAUCCAGCAUCAAACAUCGUCCUCUGCAGUACUUUGACAGUGUGACUAUGGCUGUGUCAGAACUCAGAGAUAAAAUACAGGACAUCUUUAAUGAGGAAUGGACCAGGAUCUCACUGAGAAUGAGAUCAGUUGAUGUUUUACUGCCACAAGCAGAACCCAAGACCAGAGAUGAGUUCUUACAAUACUCUCGUCAAGUCACACUGGAUCCAAACACAGCACACGUACAGCUGUUAUUGACUGAGGGGAACAGAAAGGCAACAGUGAUGAGAGAUGAACAGUUAUAUCCUCAUCAUCUGAACAGAUUCACUCGACUGCAGCAGGUCCUGAGUAGAGAGAGUCUGACUGGACGCUGUUAUUGGGAGGUAAAGAAGCCACAAUAUGGAGCCAUAGUAGCAGUCGCCUUCAAGAAUAUUAGCAGAACAGGAGGUGAAAGUAGAUUAGGAACAAAUGAAAAGUCUUGGGCUUUAGAGUGUGAUGGUGAGAAAUAUAAAUUAAUUCAUAAUAAAGUCAACACUUCCAUCGCAGGUCCUAAGUCUACCAGAGUAGGAGUGUACCUGGAUCACAGUGCAGGUAUUCUGUCCUUCUACGGUGUCUCAGACACUAUGACUCUCCUCCACAGAGUCCAGACCACAUUCACUCAGCCUCUCUAUGCUGGACUCAGCGUUCAUGGGUUUGAUUGCUCUGUUGAACUGUGUGAGCUCAAAUAG